AGGAGAGCGUCGCGAUUCUUCUCAGGCCACAGUGCUUCUCUUCUCCGUUGUUGUCCCAGCUCAGCCUUUAGCACCGGCAUCCAAUGCCCACCACCGUGCCAAAGGGCGUGCAGGCCAGCGGAAAGAAGUCGGACAAAGCAAUGCCGUCUCAUGCGGUUGAUCAGAAACAAGGUGCUUCGACCGGUGUAGUGCAGUCCUUUGACCUAUCGGCGCUGAUAGAAGUACCAGAGGAGUAUAAGCAGCAGCUUCGUCAGGCCUUCGACCUCUUUGACGACGCGGGCAAGGGCUUUAUCCCCUCGCACGAGGCGGUGGUCGCGCUGUACGCGUUGGGCUACGACGUCAGCCGCGCAGAGCUGCAGCAACUCCUGCAAGAGAUCGGCGCUCCCGGUGCGGACUUGAUCGAUUUUAACGAGUUUUAUAGCGUGCUGACACUCAAGAUGACAAAGAAGGAGAACAGAACGGACUCCGUGCGAGCCUUCAAGCAAAUUGAUGCGGAGGACAAGGGUUACGUUGAUGUGGAAAACCUGCGUUCCAUCGCGAACUCGCUGCACAUGGAGCUGACGGACGAUGAGUUGGCAGAGAUGAUUCAAUUCGCGCGCUCCGUGGGUUUUCACACUGUUGCGCAGGGACAUUCUGAGUUCGACGCGAAGGACACCCUCGCUGUGACGGAGGCUGACUACCUGCGCCUGAUGAAGCGAGCCAAUCUCUUUUGA